UUCACCGGAAGCGCUGCGAGUCAGUACGUGGCGGUGUGGGCGUCGUGACGGAGUAGCUCCACCCCGUGUUAACUUGCUCCCCCCUUCCCCUCUUGCCCUGUGGUUCCGACCCGUGGCGGCGGCGGUCACUAGGACAAAAUUUAUCUAAUAACGCAAAACAAUAGCAUGUCCAUGUCGGGCGAAUUCGGAAACCCACUGAGGAAGUUCAAGCUGGUGUUCCUUGGGGAGCAGAGCGUUGGGAAAACUUCACUCAUCACGAGGUUUAUGUAUGAUUCCUUUGACAACACCUACCAGGCAACAAUUGGUAUCGACUUCCUCUCCAAAACAAUGUACUUGGAGGAUAGAACGGUUCGGCUUCAACUCUGGGACACGGCAGGACAAGAAAGAUUCCGUAGUCUUAUUCCGUCUUAUAUUCGUGACUCCACAGUUGCAGUUGUUGUUUAUGACAUAACUAAUGCUAAUUCAUUCCACCAGACAUCCAAAUGGAUAGACGAUGUUCGAACGGAGCGCGGUAGUGACGUGAUCAUCAUGCUAGUAGGAAAUAAGACGGAUUUGUCGGAUAAAAGACAGGUUUCUACUGAAGAAGGUGAACGAAAGGCGAAGGAACUUAAUGUGAUGUUCAUUGAGACUAGUGCAAAAGCAGGAUACAAUGUGAAGCAGCUGUUCAGGCGAGUUGCUGCAGCUUUGCCUGGGAUGGAAUCUACCGAAAACAAGAAGGUUGAUAAUCUAGCAGUGGACCUGCGCCCCCAGCCCCCUCCCCAGGAGCAGCAGCAGGACCAAGAGGGGAGUGGGUGUAUAUGCUAGGAUGCGGCCUUCAUGUUCUAGUAUCUCAACGUGUCCUCACACUUCUAUCCUUACACCAAGCAACACCUGGAAAGCCUCCUCAUUUAAUAUUUGUUAUCUUUGAUUCUGUUGCGUGUGUUUUACUCUAUAAAAUGUCUAGAUAUGUUUAUUGUUAUUUCAAUGACUACAUUAACUUUAAAGUUGAAUCAUUCAUUAUAAUUAGGUAGGAAUAAUUGUUAUCUUCAUUUAUUUGGUGCUUUUUAUAUAUAUACAGUAAGUGUCUUCCUUUUUGUAUAAUUACAUUUCUUGAAUUAUGGUAUAUCAAAGGUAUAUCUUUGAUAUCAAAAGCUCUGGGAUGUAUAUCCCAGAGCUGUUGAGGGUUUUGUUACACUGGCACAAUGUCCUUCAUGUAUUUUGGAUCCCGAUUUUAAAUAUUUGCAGAUUUUGUUAAGUGGUUUUUAUGAUUCUUCCUGUCUCAUUGAUAUCAUUGUAUUGUUGUAAGUCAAAUUCAAUAUUCACUUAGUUAAGCACUACUAAUUCAACUACAGUAUUUGUAUGAAUGUGUGUGUGUAUACAUAAAAUAUAUAUAUACAGUAUAUUAAAUAUAAUAUAUAUUAUAUAUUACAACACACACACACACACACACACACACACAGCUGUUUUCAGUACAGUAUAUGUUUUGUAAAUGCCACAAUGUAGAAUCUGCAAAGAUUUGAUUUAUUUUGAAAUUGCUAGUUAAUACCGGGUCCUCGCCCAAAGAGUUAAAAUUAAUGCCAUCUACUUAAAAAAGAGAUACUAAAUGUUUUUUAGGUGAGGAGCAUGACUUGCUCCUCAUGAGGUGAGGAGUAUGGCUUGCCAAGCUUUGAUAACAAACUGUGGCUUUUAUUCGAAUGAACGACUUCCUUGUUAAGAGUUUGAUUUAAAAAUCAGUGUGUCCAAAAUGCUGGGAACCUUUGCAUAUUUACGAUAUUUUCACCUGAUUUGAUUUGAGCAGAAAUUUGUCCGAAAAUUAAAAUUGGUGGUCACGUGUGUUAGGUGAGUGCAUAUCAUACAGGCAAGAGAUUAUAUUAUAUACAGUACGUAUGUAUGGGUGUGUAUAUAUAUAUAUAUUAUAUAUAUAAUAUAUAUAUAUCACUGAUACAUAUGUAAUGUAACAUUGUAUAUCAAGUGAUAAGGUCACUACUUGAAUCAGACUGACUUUGCUCAUUUUCAUGUUGGUUGUUGGAGAGCAAACACAGUUGUCUCUUAAGAUUUGCUGACAUUGUAUGCUGCAAGAUGGUACACCCCACAAAGAAUAGUUUUAAAUAUCAGUGUAGAUACCGGGUAUAUACAGUGGGUUUUUUUUCUCUCCCCAACACUAAUUCGUUCUAUUAAUACUUUUGACAUCGGCCGAAUCAUUUUGCAUUGGCUGUUUUUAAUAUUUCAUGGUAUAAAUUUGAGUUAUGGUGCGUUUUAAGCUUUGCUGCUGUGACAUACCACAAAUGUUAAAAUUUGCCUCUUAGGCAAUAGCUUUAUUACUGAUAAAAGUGAGAGGUUGCCUACUGACUGCACGGGAGAAACUGGAGCAUACAUAUUACAAUAUAAGGAUCUUGGGCUUUAGAUGGGACUGGACUGGAUCCUUUCUUCACUUCAGGAAAAAUGAAGAAAGUUCUGUUGAAAUCCCAUACAAUAAAUAUACUUUUUUUUUUUUUUAACCUCAUGCAAUGAGGAUAAAGUCCACAAAGUGAAACACAUACACAUUGCUGACAUUAGACAACAUUGUCACUGAUGUUGGUCUAUGAGGUCAGUGAUCUUGACUUCCUUGAUUUGUGGGCUUUAUCAUCAUACUUUGUUCACAACUUUGUGAUUGAAUCAUAUAUAUAUAUAUUUAUAUGGUAAAUCUAAGCAAUUAUUAAAAACUAUAAACAUGACAAGUUUAAAACUAUCAUCUCAAAUUAUAAUUUCAUUUAAUAUAUUGGCUAUUGUAUUACCUGCAAAAACAAACAAUUUGUUCAAAUGAUUUAAUUACAGUACAGUAUGUGAAAUUACUUAGAGUAGUAGCUGAAAGGAGCACCCCUCUUAAUUGGUCCAAGUCUGUAAAAAAAAUUAUAUCCUAUUCUUAUACCGUUACUUUCAUGGUUGCUUUCAUAAGCAGGUUGAGGAUCGGAACUUAAAAGGAUCAGAAUUUUCCUCAAAGAUAUUAAUGUUGCUGUUGGGUCUGAAUAUAUUGCCAAAAAUAUCAAUUAUAACAUCUUCUCGAGUGCUCAAUUCUCAUUGUGUUUUAUAGUGGUUGUUCCAGCAGCAACAUGACAACCUGUGAUUGCUUAAGGUACAAUUCAUAGUUGCUAUCGGAUUGCCAGGGAUUUUUCUUGUGCUAACAGCCAUCUCGGUGAAGUAGAACUUGCCUCUAGUCUGAGACAAUCGUAUGUUAUAAUACUUUCAUUUAUCUCUAGUUGGCUUGCCAUACACUUGUAGCAAAUUGAUAGCAAUUGUGAAUUGCUCCAUCUUGUGUGUGUACUAUCUAACAUUGUGUUGGGGUAAUGAGGGACGAUUAAAGCUUUAUUGUGAUUGGCUGUUGUCUUCCUUCUCUGACCAAAUAUCUCCCUCAUUACCCAUACAUAAGACUGGGAUUAAAAUAGUAAGCACUUGACUUCUAAUUUUGAAAUAGCAGAGCUUUUAGAUGUUAGCACAUGAAUUACCAGAUGUUGUAGAUAACUUGGUACACUUGCAUUGUGUGAAGAAAACUGCUUACUCAACAUACAACUCUUACUCUUAAUGCAUACAGUAUUUGUUAUAAUUCAAGCUAGAAAAAAUGGCCAUGUUCGGUAAAUAUUGCUUGCUUCACAGGAGUAUUCAUUUGCUAGGUAUUAAUAAAUGUAGAUAAUUCUGCAGUAAAAGGUUGUAUUGUAUAUUCCAUUUUUGGGUCCAGAUAGAUUAUUCAGGGUAAUUCAUAAGUAAUGGAAUGAUAGGGUAGAGUUUAACUCAUUCCAAACAUGAGACAUAAUGCAACAUACUCAAAAACUCAUUCACUCGGCAUUUAACAUUUCCUUUACCCUUACUACUUCUGACAAGGGUUUAACAAUCUACCAACUUACUUCACUUUUAAAGAAGCUUCACCCAGGGUUAUAAUUUUUAAUUCUCCAGAAUAUUAGAAAACUAUUGGUCUUUUUAAAAUAUAAACCCAUUCAUUAUCACAUGAAUGUUUACCUGCCACCAUGUGGUGUAUUUACCCUUAGGUCUGCGUAGGCAAAAUUGAUUCAUGGACUUAAUGUUUGUUUGACACUGAUGUUAAACCAUAAAUAGGUUAUUGAAUAUUGACUUGUCCAUUCUGUAUGAACAUUCAGAUUUGCUAAAGCUGAUUCAGAUUUAUACAUUUGGACCUCCAGUAUUGCAUAUCUCCUGGCCACUUUUGAAAAAUAUUUAAUGCCAAGUAUGUGGGUCUAUAUAUUAAAUAUUUUUUAUAAAUUUUCAGUUUUGAUGCUGCCCAAGAUUCUUUUCAUCGAGCAUUAUUCUGUUUUAUGCCCCAUUUUUGCUUAAUGUACUUCACACAAUUUCAUUCAAUUAUUGUUGCAUAAACUCGAGGAAGAAAAAAAGAAAUUCAAGGAAACUGUAAAUCUUGACUUGAUAUUUUUUCAAGUUUAAAAAUGUACACUAAAUACAUGUUUUGAACUUUAUAUAGCUUUAAAUUGCUAUAGCCAUUCAACAGUAUAUUGUCUGAUACUUGUAGAAGCAGAUAAUCUUUUUUUUUUUUGGCUUUCAAAACAAAAGUACCACAAAUAAAUAGAAACUGACCAAAGACAAAUUGUAAUUAAGGAAGAAAUAAAAGUAGAGAAGAUCAGAAA